CACCACAAGAUAAUUGCGAGUAUGUUCGAUCAAUUUUCUACAACCACUGCGAUAAACGAACGAGCGAGCAACGAAAUGAGGAGCGCGGUGUUGGUGGCUGUGGUGGCUGUUGUUGCCGUGCUCGGUUGCACGGGUUGCAACGGGCUCUACUUCCACAUCAAGGAGAAUGAGGAGCGGUGCUUCAUCGAGGAGGUUCCAGAUGAGACCAUGGUCGUCGGCAAAUACAAGACUCAGGCACAGAACCCAGAUGGCACGUUCCAAGAGACCAGCCCCGGGUUUGGCAUUCACGUCGAGGUCACUGACCCCAACGACGACAUUAUCAUGUCCAAGGACUACGAAGCUGAGGGUCGGUUUGCGUUUACGGCCCACGACCCUGGCGAGCACAUCAUCUGCAUGCACACCAACUCUUCUCGCUGGUUCUCCGGCCGCACCGUGCGUGUGCACCUCGACAUCCUUGUUGGCGAGAACACAAACGACUACCGCAUGAUUGCCAAGAAAGAACAGCUGAACACGGUUGAGACGCGCAUUUUCCAGCUCAUCUCGCAAGUGAAGCAGAUUGCAAAUGAGCAGGCGUACCAGCGGACGCGGGAAGCAUCGUUCCGCGCCCUCAGCGAGAGCACGAACCAGCGUGUGCUCUGGUGGUCCAUUGCUCAGGCGGUUGUGCUGCUGUUGACUGCAUUCUGGCAAGUGCGCCAUCUCAAGUCGUUCUUUGAGGCAAAGAAGCUCGUGUGAACGGGAUCAGCCAGCUCUUGUCUCAUAAGCACGGUUUUCCCUUUUCUUCGCCUGUCUGCAGUUUUGAGUGCGUGCAUGUGUGGCUUGACUGACAUCUCGUGUUCACCAUCACGGCACAUCGUACAGUGCUCGCCUGCCGCACCUCCCAGUAAAAACCCACACAUCA